UCUGAUCCGAUUGGUAUGCCGGGUGAGGUUUACCUUGCAUGGAAUCUAGAUGUUGGACUAAAGCGGGCCUCCGCGAUCGCGAUUAUACUGCCACAGCAAUUAGUUGCCAACCUGCCAAACAACAACUCCCUUCGCACACAGACUCCGGUCAAGAGGCGGCCACGAUACGACGUCACAAUGCUUCGCGCACACUGGAUACGAGCGUUAGCGAUCGUGUUGGUAGGUGCAUGUGCAAUGACCACUGCGUCUCCCGUUUCGACCACUCCACAAGCCGAGCUCUACCUCUCACAAUUUGGGUAUUUAAGCCCCAAAUAUCGGAACCCAACUAGUGGGAACCUUCUCGAUCAGGACACGUGGGAGAAAGCCAUCAUGGAGUUCCAGAGCUUUGCCGGACUGAACGUUACCGGCGAGCUGGAUGGCGAAACGAUGCAGCUAAUGUCACUGCCACGGUGUGGUGUGAAGGAUAAGGUGGGCUUCGGGUCAGAUACACGCUCCAAGCGGUACGCCCUGCAGGGUAGCCGCUGGAAGGUGAAGGAUCUCACCUACCGGAUAUCCAAGUACCCGAAGCGGCUGGAACGGACAGCAGUAGAUAAGGAGAUAGCGAAGGCAUUCAGCGUUUGGAGCGAAUAUACGGAUCUACGCUUCACGCCAAAGAAAACUGGUGCCGUACACAUCGACAUUCGGUUCGAGGAGAAUGAGCACGGUGAUGGUGAUCCGUUCGACGGUCCGGGUGGUACCUUGGCUCACGCCUACUUCCCGGUGUAUGGUGGCGAUGCUCACUUUGACGAUGCGGAACAGUGGACCAUUGAUAAGCCACGCGGCACUAACCUGUUCCAGGUUGCAGCACACGAGUUUGGUCAUUCGCUAGGUCUUAGUCAUUCGGAUGUGAGAUCGGCAUUGAUGGCACCAUUCUAUCGUGGAUACGAUCCCGUAUUCCGAUUGGAUUCGGAUGAUAUUCAGGGCAUCCAAACUCUCUACGGAACAAAGACCAGAAACGGUGGAGGAAGUGGUGGUAGCGGUGGUGGAGGUAUCGCUCCUACGAGAACCCCUAGACCAAAGACACCGACAGAGCUGGAUUCGGAGCUGUGCACGUCUCCGAAGAUCGACGCCAUAUUUAACACUGCCGAUGGCAGUACAUACGCCUUCAAGGGCGAUAAGUACUACAAGCUGACGGAAAAUGCGGUCGCUGAGGGAUACCCGAAAAAGAUUGCCGACGGAUGGCCAGGACUUCCGGGCAACAUCGAUGCUGCGUUCACGUAUAAAAAUGGCAAGACUUACUUCUUCCAGGGCACCAAGUACUGGCGGUACCAGGGUCGACAGGUCGAUGGUGACUAUCCGAAAGAAAUUAGCGAAGGUUUCACCGGCGUUCCGGACCAUCUCGAUGCGGCGAUGGUGUGGGGUGGCAACGGAAAGAUCUACUUCUACAAGGGUAGCAAAUUCUGGCGGUUCGAUCCACUGAAGCGACCACCGGUUAAGUCCACCUACCCAAAACCCAUCUCGAACUGGGAAGGUGUGCCGAACAGUAUCGAUGCGGCGCUACAGUACACGAACGGGUACACCUACUUCUUCAAGGACGACAAGUACUAUCGGUUUAACGAUAGAACGUUCACGGUUGACCAGUCCGAUCCACCGUUCCCGCGACCGACGGCACACUGGUGGUACGGCUGCAAGAACACACCGUCGACCUUCAAUACGCUAGGUAAUGUACGAUUGCAAAAAUCUGACGAACAUCCCGACGAUAUCACCAAUUUGAUUCUGGAUGCCGCAGAUACGGACGAUCGGCCCGAACCGGACAGCUAUAGUGGAAAUGGAGGAGGUUCCACCAUCACCGGCAUCAAGCUCAGUAUUACUACCCUUUUGGUUGCUGUGCUGGGAGUGUACCUUGUCAACUGCUGUUAGCUC